AUGGGAGAACUCACUGGAGCCGAUGUUGCAAAGCACAAUUCCAAAGACUCGUGCUGGGUUAUUGUCCAUGGAAAAGCCUACGACGUGACCGAAUUCCUUCCGGAACACCCCGGCGGCCAGAAGAUCAUUCUUAAAUACGCUGGCAAGGAUGCGACGGAGGAGUUUGAGCCCAUCCACCCACCUGACACACUGGACAAGUACCUGGAUGCGUCCAAGCAUCUGGGGCCGGUGAACAUGUCUACCGUCGAGAGCGAAGAGAAGGUCAUUGAUCCGGAAGAGGCAGCCCGCCAGGAACGCAUUAAGAACAUGCCACCGUUGGCUGCGUGCUACAACCUGCUCGACUUUGAGUCGGUCGCCCGCCAAGUGAUGAAGAAGACUUCCUGGGCGUAUUACUCCAGUGGUGCAGACGAUGAAAUUACCAUGAGGGAAAACCACAAUGCGUUUCACAAAAUCUGGUUCCGUCCGCGCGUGCUGGUCGACGUGGAAAAAGUGGACUUUUCGACAACGAUGCUGGGCACAAAGGUGUCGGCCCCCUUCUACGUGACGGCGACGGCGCUGGGCAAGCUCGGCCACCCGGAGGGCGAAGUGAUCUUCACGCGGGCGGCGCGCCGGCACGACGUCAUCCAGAUGAUCCCGACACUGGCCUCGUGCUCCUUUGACGAACUGGUCGACGCUCGCGAGGGUGACCAGGUGCAGUGGCUGCAGCUGUACGUCAACAAGGACCGGGCGAUCACGGAGCGCAUCGUGCGCCACGCCGAGGCGCGCGGGUGCAAGGGACUCUUCAUAACCGUCGACGCGCCGCAACUCGGCCGUCGUGAAAAGGACAUGCGCUCCAAAUUCGCCGACGUGGGGUCGAGCGUGCAGGCCACCGGAGGCGACUCGGUUGACCGGUCACAGGGCGCCGCCCGCGCCAUCUCCUCCUUCAUCGACCCGGCCUUAUCCUGGAAGGACAUCCCCUGGUUCCGCUCCAUCACCACCAUGCCAAUCAUCCUCAAGGGUGUGCAGCGCGUCGACGACGUGCUCCGCGCCGUCGAGGCGGGCGUCCAGGGCGUCGUCCUCUCCAACCACGGCGGUCGCCAGCUGGACUUUGCCCCCUCGGCCAUCGAGGUGCUCGCCGAGGUGAUGCCUGCCCUGCGCGAGCGCGGCUGGCAGGACCGACUGGAGGUCUACGUUGACGGCGGCGUGCGGCGCGCAACGGACAUCAUCAAGGCCCUAUGUCUCGGUGCCAAGGGGGUGGGGAUCGGCCGGCCCUUCCUGUACGCCAUGUCGGCGUACGGCGUCGACGGCGUCGAUCGCGCCAUGCAGUUGCUCAAGGACGAGAUGGAGAUGGGCAUGCGUCUCAUCGGGGCGACUUCCAUCGCGGAUCUGGAUCCCUCUCUCGUCGACACGCGGGGUCUGCUCGCUGGCCACAGCGCCCCCGUGCCCUCGGACUCGUUGGGCAUGCACACCUACGAUCCUCUACAGGUGCCAUCUUUCAAAGCGAAAUUAUAA